GAUCAAUGUGGCGACAGACCGAUCCGGAUAUGAAAAAAUCCGGAUAUCAAAACCACUUCUUUUAUAGUCUCUGAAACGUUUUCUCCUUCAUAUAUUUCAGUAAUCAGCGCUGUCAAUAACGUUCGUCGAUGGACACGUUUUAUAGAUUCUACAAUACAUUAUUUCGCCAUAUUUUAGUUCUUUUGGGUCGGUUGCAUUGUCCAACAGCAGGACUGCCUUUCUCCGGGGAUUUUGGUAGAUACGGACGGCAGAACCACCUGGAUAUGGGGAGGUCCGGAUAUGAGCGGGUACGGAUGUGGCAGGUUGUACUGUAUUUAAAAAAAUUAAAAUUAAUAUAAAUGUUUAAUAAAAUCAAUUAUUAACAAUAAACUUUUUAAUUUACCAGGAAGAGAAUGGCAAUCCUCCGAAAGCCGAUAUCCAUAUCUACGAUGGCUUCUAUUUGCUCCACACAUUGAAAAAUGUACCUAAUACAUACGGGAAAAUUUCAAUGUAUAUUUUUAAGCUGUUGGUAUCAGAUAAAAAAGAAGUCCACAUUAUAUUUGACAAAUUCAACGAUCCAAGUAUAAAAGAUUAUGAACACCGCCAAAGAGGAGAGGAUGAUACCGUUCAUAGCGUGCAUAAAAACAAUAAGCGACCCUCUGAUUUUGGGAAACUGUUAAGAAGUAAAAAUUUCAAAGAAAGUUUCGUUGAAUUUUUAAUCGAUGAUUGGACUGAUGAUUGUUUUGUUAUUUUAUGCCAAGAUAAAAUAGUCAAGUUAAGUUAUGGAACUUCCUGUUACUCUUACCAAGUACAUGAAAAUCAUAUUAAAAAAACUACAGAUUACAACUUAUGUUGCUUUCACGAAGAAGCAGAUACCAAGAUUAUGUACCACAUAUGCCAACUGCCUAAUAAUUACAACGUUGAAGUCCAUUGCACUGACUCGGAUAUACCAGUAAUUAUUCUUGCAAAUAUGAAAUAUUUAAAAGCAGAUAUUCAAAUUACGGUAAAUAUGUGUUCGAACAAAAAAAGAGAGUAUUUGAAUAUGAAUAAAAUUUACCAAGGAUUAGGUGACAAAUUAGCAAGAGCCCUAACCGUUUGUCACAUAUUUACGGGUAAUGAUUUUAAUCCAGCUUUUUACAGAAAAGGGAAAAAAAGACCAUUUGCCAUACUAAAAAAAAAACAAUCGUAUCAAGAUGCUUUUAUGCAGCUACUAGAAACGGUGCCGAAAUAUUUGGAUACAGAACACGAAGUAUUUAAAUCUAUUGAAGAGUAUGUAUGCCAAAUAUAUAGUUUAAAUACAAAAAAUGAUAUCGAUAAAGGCAGAUUCGAAGUAUUUGAAAGAAAAUAUAAAAAUAAAAAUGAAAAUGACAAAAUUUGGAGAAAAAACCUAAAAGGGUUCGACGCAUCAAAUCUUCCACCAACCAAAAAAGAGUUAUUGCAACAUAUAAAACGAACCAUUUAUAUCAGUAACGUGUGGUGCAAUGCUCACCUGAGGCGACCUACAGACCUUGAUAUUCAAGAGUGCGGGUGGUUAAAUAUCGAUGGCAGCUUUGAGUUUUUUUGGUUCGAUGGCGAGCAGUGUCCCACAUUCCGAGAGAUAGCUGCUCAUUCAGUUUCCACUUCUGAUGAUCAGGAUGAGGGGGAGCCGUCUUCCGAUGAGAGUGAAGAUGAACAAAAUUUGUACCUAUCUGAAGAUUCAGAAUUUGAAGAUAACGAUAAUUAAUCAACAAUUUAUGUAUUUUUAAGAAUUAUUUGUUACAUAAUAUUUGAUGUUUUUUUCAUUGUAUAUGUAUACAAGAAUAAAAAAACUGCUAAACGCCGUAAAAAUGAGUGGCGCAUACAAUAUUCCAGCUACAAAUGAACUGAUAUAAAUAUUACGUGGCGCAAGAAUGUAUUUUCAUUUUGAUCGAAAAUAAAAUUCUAGUUUUAUUUUAAAAGAUGUUUCCAUAAUCAUGCUCAUUUGUAGCUGGAAUAUUGUAUGCGCCACUUAUUUUUACAGCGUUUAGCAAUUUUUUUAUUCUUGUAUCAGGAGUUUUUCAAAGUUAUUUAUAAAUUAAAUGUAUGA